AUGGACAAGUGCAACCCAUGUACAACACCAGCGGAUCCUCGCACAAAACUCUCCGCUGCUGACAGUCCUGCAUUCUCUGAUCCUACACUCUAUCGCAGCUUAGCAGGUGCUCUUCAAUACCUCACUUUCACUCGCCCAGACAUUGCAUAUGCUGUUCAGCAGGUGUGCUUGUAUAUGCAUGAUCCACGAGACUCACACUUUACUGCACUCAAACGCAUCAUUCGGUAUGUUAAAGGCACACUUCAGCAUGGCUUGCAGCUCACGUCAACGAAAACCUCCUCGUUAACGGCUUACACCGAUGCUGACUGGGCGGGUUGUCCCUCGAUGCGACGCUCCACCUCUGGCUACUGCAUUUUUCAUGGUGACAAUCUCAUCUCAUGGUCUUCCAAACGGCAACACACAGUUUCAAGAUCAAGUGCCGAAGCAGAGUAUAGAGGUGUGGCCAAUGUGGUUGCUGAAACGGUGUGGCUACGCAACUUACUCCUUGAGCUUCAUUGUCCCCUCACCACUGCCACACUUGUCUACUGCGACAAUGUCAGCGUUGUCUACCUCUCCUCCAACCCGGUGCAAUAUCAACGUACGAAGCAUGUGGAGAUCGAUAUCCACUUUGUACGUGAGCGGAUAGCUCUCGGUCACAUCCGUGUUCUACACAUACCUUCGUCAAGCCAAUAUGCAGACAUCUUCACAAAGGGUCUUCACACACCUCUAUUCAUGGAGUUCAAGUCCAGUCUCGGCGUCAUGAACAAUCCGGCUUCGACUGCGGGGGAGUGA